CUGCCAUAGCUGAGAUACUUGGCUUUGCCCCACAGAUGCAUUGUGGUCCACUGGACUUCCCUCCUCCCCUCCCUCUGGGAGCAAAGUGCCUCCUACCUCCCAGGCUGGAGCUUCCCUUUCUCCUCUUCUCUUUCUCCUCCUCCCCCUUCCCCAUCCUCCCCUGAUCACCCAAUCACAGCAGACACUGAAGCUGAACUCCCUACAUCCAUCUCCUCUCCCCCCAAGGCAGUCACGACUGGACACCGCACAGCCACUGACUUUGUUCCAAGUGGGGACACAGCAAAGGCUUUGGGGUAUCGCCCCUGGAAACCUACUGCUCUCUCCAUCUCUGUUCUACAACCCCGAGAAGUUGGAGCAUUGUGCCCCAGAGUCCCAAUUUCCAGACAUGAUGGGAAAAGAGGAAGAAGUUGGGAUGGACAAGAGGAAAAACACUGACUCCAGAGGAAGAAGUGAGAAACAAGAAGACUACCGUUCCAUCUACAUCGGGGUGCCGGUCCGCAGCAACUACUGUAGAAAAAUCCUCAAGAAAAGAGGCCCUCCUGGCCAGGAAAAAGCCAAGCACUUCAGAAGACCCUGUGAGUACUCCCCAAGGCGAGCAGACGCAGAGGAAGCCAGGGCAGUCUCCCAGAAUGCCAGCGCAGAUGACAUCAGCAAAAUACGGGCCCCAGCUGCCGAGCGGCUCCGUUACAUCCUGGGGGAGGAUGAUGGCGUUCCUACACCGACCCUCUUCACAGAAAUGGAUACCCUGCAACAUGAUGGUGAGGAAAUGGAGUGGAAAGAGUCGGCCAGGUGGGUAAAGUUUGAAGAGAAGGUUGAAGAAGGAGGUGAGCGAUGGAGCAAGCCCCAUGUGUCGACGUUGUCUCUGCAUAGCUUGUUUGAACUCCGAACCUGCCUGCAGACCGGAACCGUGCUCCUGGAUUUAGAUGGAUGCUCCUUGCCACAGAUCAUAGAUGAUGUUGUUGAGAAGCAAAUAGAAGACGGACUUCUGAAGCCAGAGCUGAAGGAGAGAGUCUCCUACGUCCUCUUGAGAAAACAUCGGCACCAGACCAAGAAAUCUAUUCACCGUUCACUGGCAGACAUCGGAAAAUCGGUCUCGUCCACCUCCACCCGGAGCCCAGCCCGGAGCCCUGCUGCAUCUGGCCCCAACCUGCACCACUCCACUGAGGACCUGCGCACCUACGGCCGACUGCAUCACGCCCAGAGCCGGAGCAUGAAUGAUAUUUCCAGCACCCCCAACCCAAAUCAGCUGAAAAACAAAUUCAUGAAGAAGAUUCCCAAGGACUCCGAAGCUUCCAACGUGUUGGUGGGAGAGGUCGACUUCUUAGACCAACCUUUUGUCGCUUUUGUCCGUCUCGUCCAGUCCACCAUGCUGGGAGGGAUGACCGAGGUGCCCAUUCCCACUAGAUUCCUGUUCAUCCUCCUCGGGCCUCAGGGGAAAGCCAAGUCCUACAAUGAAAUUGGCCGGGCCAUCUCUACCCUCAUGGUCGAUGAUCUUUUUAGUGACGUGGCCUACAAAGCUCGAAACCGAGACGAUCUGAUCGCCGGGAUCGAUGAAUUCCUCGACGAGGUGAUCGUGCUUCCUCCGGGAGAGUGGGACCCAAACAUCCGGAUCGAGCCCCCAAAGAAAGUGCCCUCUGCUGAAAAGAGGAAGUCUGUGUUUUCUCUGAACGAGCUGGGGCAGAUGAAUGGAUCCGUGGCAGGUGGAGCUGGGUCCGGGGCAGGAGGAGGCGGCGGCGGAGCAGACGGUGGCGGUGAGGAUGGAGAGAUGCCCGAAGUGCAUGAAAUUGGAGAGGAGCUCGUCUGGACCGGAAGGUUUUUUGGGGGCCUGUGCCUGGAUGUUAAGAGGAAGCUGCCCUGGUUCCCAAGCGACUUUUACGAAGGAUUCCACAUCCAGUCCAUUUCCGCCAUCCUCUUCAUCUACCUUGGCUGCAUCACCAACGCCAUCACCUUUGGUGGGCUCCUGGGGGAUGCCACGGACAAUUACCAGGGAGUGAUAGAGAGCUUCCUGGGCACCGCGAUGACCGGCUGCUUCUUUUGUUGCUUCGCUGGACAACCCCUCAUCAUUCUCAGCAGCACCGGGCCCAUUCUGGUCUUUGAAAAACUCCUGUUCGACUUCAGCAAGAAUAACGGCCUCGACUACAUGGAGUUCCGCCUCUGGAUCGGUCUGCACGCGGCCCUGCAGUGCAUCAUCCUGGUGGCCACGGACGCCAGCUUCAUCAUCAAGUACAUCACCCGCUUCACCGAGGAAGGCUUCUCCACCCUCAUCAGCUUCAUCUUCAUCUACGACGCCAUCAAGAAGAUGAUCAGUGCCUUCAGUUACUACCCCAUCAACAUGGACUUCCAGCCCGACCUCAUCACCACGUACAAGUGCGAGUGCGUGGCUCCGGACCCAGCAAAUACAACACUGUUCAAUGCUUCAGUUCUACCAGCUCCAAACAACACUAAUAUUUCUCUGGACAAUCCCCUUAACCUGACAGCUCUGGACUGGUCUCAGCUGAGCAAGAAGGAGUGCCUGCGGUACGGAGGGAGCCUGCUGGGAAACUCCUGUCUGUUUGUCCCGGAUUUAGCCCUCAUGUCCUUCAUCCUUUUUUUUGGGACAUAUUCCAUGACCCUGACCCUGAAGAAGUUCAAGUUCAGCCGCUAUUUCCCAACCAUGCUGCGGAAGCUCAUCAGUGACUUCGCCAUCUUCAUGUCCAUUCUGAUCUUUGUGGCUCUGGACAGCUUCUUUGGACUAAACACUCCAAAGCUGCAGGUGCCGACUGCUUUUAAGCCCACGCGGUUGGAUCGAGGCUGGUUCAUCUUCCCCUUCGGGAAGAACCCCUGGUGGAUUUACCCUGCCAGCGCCCUCCCUGCCCUUCUGGUGACCAUCCUGAUCUUCAUGGACCAGCAGAUCACCGCAGUCAUCGUGAACCGCAAGGAGAACAAAUUGAGGAAAGGUGCAGGCUACCACCUGGACCUGCUCUGGGUGGGCAUCCUCAUGGGCGUGUGCUCCUUCAUGGGUCUGCCCUGGUACGUGGCCGCCACCGUCAUUUCCAUAGCCCACAUCGACAGCCUCAAGAUGGAGACGGAGACCAGUGCCCCAGGGGAGCAGCCGCAGUUCCUGGGGGUGAGGGAGCAGAGAGUAACGGGGAUCAUCGUGUUCAUCCUGACGGGGAUCUCUGUGUUCCUGGCUCCCAUCCUGAAGUACAUCCCCAUGCCGGUGCUCUACGGAGUCUUUCUCUACAUGGGUGUGGCCUCUCUGAACGGUAUCCAGUUCUGGGAGCGCUGCAAGCUCUUCCUGAUGCCCGCCAAGCACCAGCCCGACUACGUGUUCCUGCGCCACGUGCCCCUGCGCCGGAUCCACCUCUUCACCCUGAUGCAGAUCCUCUGCCUGGCCAUCCUCUGGAUCCUCAAGUCCACCGUGGCGGCCAUCAUCUUCCCCGUGAUGAUCUUGGGUCUGAUCAUUGUGCGAAAGCUGCUGGACCUGAUCUUCUCCCAGCACGACCUGGCCUGGAUCGACAACCUCAUCCCCGAGAAGGAGAAGAAGAAGGAGGAUGACAAGAAGAAGAAGAAGGGGGCCCUGAAUGGCAGCGGUGGCAGCAGCAGUGAGGAGUUUUGCCAAGCACGCCCCUGCUCCCAUCACUUACCGGCUUUUCCUGAUGUUUCUUCCCAGCCCCAGUUCCCUCCUCCCUCCAUUAUAAAGAUCCCCAUGGAACCCGUCCAGUCAGAUCCCCAAAAUGGUGUCCAUUGCAUUGCCAGAAAAAGAGCUUCCAGCUGGAGUUAUUCCCUCUGACUCCUUCCUCAGUGAUUCUGAUGCAGAUCGAAGCAUCACCUUACACUUGAAGAUUUCCUGCCCGCCUUCACCUGCCUUCAACUACUCCCGAAGUCUAGGGUUUCCAAUGCCACAAGUGAAGAUUGAGAUGGAGUCGGACUACGAGCAUGAGCACGGAGACAGAGAUAAGCGUCCCAGAGACGGCGGCAACGAAACCACCCUGUAGCCUCUGGCCUCCUGUAGCCCCCACCUCCCCCUGGCCAGCGAGGAGCGGGCCGGGGGCUGGCCGUCUCACACACAGACACACAGACACACACACACACAC